AUGAUUGUCACUCUGGUCACCGGCGGCAACAGAGGCAUCGGUUACGCCAUUGUCAAGCUCCUGGCCGCUCGCCUGGCAUCACCUACCAUCAUUAUCGGCUGCCGCGACGUUGCAGCAGGAAAAAGGGCGGUUGAUGAGCUACGCGGUGAGGGAAUGAAGGCCGAUCUCGACGUGGUCAGGAUGGACAUUGAGGACGACAACGCUAUCCAGGAGGCUGUGGCAGUUGUAAGCCAGAAAUACGGCAAGCUCGACUAUCUUGUCAAUAACGCGGCUCGAGUUACGCGGCCAGAGUCGGAAAAAUUCGAAGACAUCCGCCGCGCCGCCAACGAGGUGUACAACAACGGCGUCACGUCCAACGAAGUCGUGACGCGCGCGUUUCUACCGCUCCUCCGAAAGGCAACUAGUCCACGCGUGGUCAUGGUCUCGAGCGCCCGAGGCAGCAUCGGCAUGACGGCCGCCAAGCAGCUCCCGCCGGCCGCUGUGGUGAGCUACUGCGUGAGCAAGGCCGCGCUCAACAUGCUCACGCUGCAUCUACAGCUGGAAGAGGACAGCCGAGGAGACGGCGAGGCCAGGGUCGGGUACUGGGCGGUGAGCCCCGGACACUGCAACACGGCGUUCAACGGGUUCAAAGGCAGAAAGAAGCCGGAAGAGGGCGCAGAGAUGGUGGCGCGAUUGCUGGAGGCGGAGGCGGGAGAGUUUGAGGCUGGCACAUUUUGGCAGUACGAGGAUGGGGUGCUGGAAGAGGUGAAGUGGUAG